AUGUCGGUGUCGGAGAAGUCCAUCAUGAAGCCCGUUAUCACCAUACCUGAACCUGCCAUGGUCAAGAUGGAUUCAAACCCAUCACCCACCUCUAGCGAGGCGACCCUCACCAAUGAGGAAAGAGACGUUGAGAAGUUCGGUCACAGGACAAUGGACUCGGUUGACAGCGGCUUGACACAAGUUGACAUUGAUCUCGAGGCCCAAACACCUCUCCCAGAGAAAAAAUUCCUGGCCGGCCUGCGUUAUUCAAUUUUCACCAUAUACAGACGUCUCUUCUCAAUCGUCUUCCUCGCCAACAUCGGCGUUUUUGUGUACGUCAUGCUUGCAGACCGCAAGCUGAUUGCCCUAGUCAAUGCAACGGCUGCCAAUCUGCUUGCAUGCGGAUUAGCCCGUCAGCCACUCGUCGUCAACAGCAUCUUCUAUCUGGUGUGCUCCAUACCUCGCUCGGCACCAAUUACCCUGCGCCGAUUGGCGGCACAGGUGUACCAUUACGGCGGCGUUCACAGCGGUUGUGGAGUAGCUGCAUUAGUCUGGUACAUCGGCUUUGUUGGAUUCAUGUCGUACCAGUAUUGGACGCCAUCUCCGACUAGCGCAUCGGCUGUCAGCAUUUCAGCCGCGCCCGUUGCAGUGGCUUAUGUCAUUGUCGUGCUGUUGCUUGCGAUUGUCAUUGUGGCACAUCCGACGUUUCGCACUAAAUUCCAUGAUUAUUUCGAACUCAUCCACCGUUUCUCCGGGUGGCUUGUCGUCGCCUUGUUUGUCGUGCUGCUGAUGUUGUUCUCGAAGGAGAUCAGCUCCGCAGAGCAAACGCCACUCGGUUAUUUUCUCAUCCAACUCCCCGCUUUCUGGUUCUUGAUGGUAACUGUUGUUGCCAUCAUCCAGCCAUGGCUUAUGCUGCGUAAGGUUCCGGUUCGUGCCGAGAAUCUCUCCAACCACGCCGUUCGCUUGCAUUUCGAUCACGCACAGACUGCCUUCGGCAAGGGUAUCCAGUUAGCCAAGCAUCCUCUCCGUGACUGGCAUGGCUUUGCCACUUUCCCUGACCCCACUCCUAUGGGGACACGGGGUACUCCGAGCUUCUCAACGCUCGUGUCCAAGGCAGGCGAUUGGACGGCAGACAGCAUUAGCCAACCGCCGACGCACUUCUGGAAGCGAGGUGUGCUGAUCUUCGGCUUUGCAUAUGCCAUGCGAGUCUUCAAACGUGUCAUUGUCGUUACUACCGGCUCUGGCAUAGGACCUUGUCUGUCUUUCCUGGGUGAUGAGAACCGACCCGCUUUGCGAGUCAUGUGGCAGACUCGGUCCCCCGUCAAAACAUAUGGACAUGAAGUUCUCCGUCUUGUCAGUCAAAUGGAUGAUUGUCCCAUCAUCCUUGACACAAAUCACACUGGGCGUGUCGAUAUGAUUCCCAUUAUCGCACGUCAAUUCAAAGAGUUCAACGCUGAAGCGGUGUGCAUCGUCAGUAACCCUGUAUUAACGACGCGUAUGGUCCAUGAACUCGAAGCACGAGGCUUCCCAGCCUUUGGUCCGAUUUUCGAUUCUUAA